UAAUUUUGGCAGUCAAAAUACUCAAAACUCUACGUUGCUUUUUCUUGGUCUGCAGCUCUCAUUGUUCUUAUUCAUUCACCUUAUUUCAGAAAAUGACUGGAUAUGUGGGCCUAGCUGAUAGUGCUGAAAAAUUUCUAACAGGGAGUGUUUCUUUUUAUGAUACCUGUGACACUAUUGGUGAUGGAUUGUUGCUGUACCCAGGAUCUAAAAAGCAAGAUAUAGUGGAUCAUUGUGAAAAAUUUGCUGCUCGCCCAAGUCAUGUUUUUAUCACUUCUUAUUUGAGAAGUGGUACCAAUUGGAUAUCAUACAUAGUACAGCUGAUACGGAAUGAUGGAGCAGUCCCAGAAGUAGAUUUGGAUCAUUUUGCUGUGUCUAUUGAUGAAAUGACACAAGAAGAAGUAGAGGCAAUUGAGUUUCCACGUGUUAUUAAAUGGCACUUUCCUUAUGAUCAUGUUGCUGGUGGUCCUCCUCAUCAAAGUCCAGCUAAAUACAUAUACUCCUAUAGGAAUCCAAGAGAUGUGGCUGUGUCUUUGUUUUUAUUGAACAAAGGCCUUGAGAGAGUUCACCCUAUUGUAUGGAGUGAGUUUUUGGAUGAUUUCAUUAGUGGAAACGUCACCUAUGGAAGCCAGCUUGAUCACAUUAAAAGCUGGUGGGAGCAUAGAGAUUCUCCUAAUAUCCUGAUGCUGUCUUAUGAGAGGAUGAAGAAGGAUCCAGUAGGAGCUGUACAAGCAAUUAGUACAUUCUUGGGAUAUCAAUUGAGUCAAAAGCUAAUUGAAGAGAUAGCUGCAAACUCAAGAAUCGAUAAAAUGAAAAAGAAUCUUGAGUCGUUCAACAGUGCUUUGACAAAGUAUAAGUAUGUUCGUAAAGGAGUUGUAGGUGAAUGGCACAAUUAUUUUGGUCCUGAAGAUAUCAAGAAGUUAGAUGCUGCAGUGAAGGAGAAGCUUGGUGACACUGACAUUGUGUUUGACUAUGGAGACACUAUUGAUCAGUGAUAAUGACUGAUUGACUAGAUCUAGUCUAUUUCUAAAAUA